AUGAUGGGCUAUGGCAUGGCAAGCGGGAUUAGAGGCGGCGGGCCUCCGGUGAGCGGAAGGGCAGGCCUCGUCUGGUGGAUUUGGCGGCGAGGCGGUGAGGGCUCGGCUAGUGACUUCGCCAAUAGUGGGGUUGAGGCGGCGGUCAGUCGUGGGUGGGCCGUGGCGUGGCGGAUACCUCCUGCUGGGCGCCCGGCGGCUGCUUUUGGAGGUUACGCCUCGCGUCUUGUGGUACCAGAUGUUCCUUUGGAAGAGACAGAUGUUUUGAGGAGUGAGGCUGCCAAAAACAACCUAGAGCUGUUUUUGAUAGACAACUGGAUGGAUGAUGAGUCAGUUGCUAACAUAUGUGCUAUUCAGGUAAGCACUGUUGGAGUUACUGGUACACGUGCGAAUGUGAGUGGCAAGGUGCAAUCUCUUCUUCAGGAUAUCAAGAAGGUGACAGAAAAACCCGUGGUGGUUGGCUUUGGUGUGUCGACUCCAGAGCAUGUGCAGCAGAUUGCAGGGUGGGGCGCAGAUGGUGUGAUCAUCGGUAGCGCAAUGGUGAGGCUAUUGGGGGAAGCUGCUUCUCCAGAAGAAGGAUUGAAGAAGCUAGAAGAGUUAGCCAAGAACCUGAAGGCUGCAUUGCCAUGA